ACACAGACCACCGCAACAACGCAGACCACCACAACACAGUCCUCCACAACAACACAGACCACCACCACCACAACACAGACCACCACAACAACACGCUGCUAUAGACCACCACAACUACACACUGCUAUAGACCACCACAACAACACAGACCGGCACAACAACACAGACCACCACAACAACACGCUGCUAUAAUAGACCACAACAGCACGCUGCUAUAAACAACCACAUCAACGUUGAUCGCCACAGUAACAUGCUGAUGCAGACCACCACAACACCACGGUAGAGUCGGAACGACGCUGUCUCCCCACACGCCUUCAGACUUGGCCGCUGUCACAUCGAGGUGUGAUGAUAUCCGACUCUUUUUGAAUCCAGCUCCCGGGAACGCGUCGACUACCGAGUGAGACGUGACGGCGCAGACCAGCCUCCUCCACUACAGACUGUACUGUUGUGAUGUGUGCAGGACAUGUGUAGCCAGCCAGGAGCAUAACCUCUCGUUUCCAUGGACAGCACGUCCAUUAUAACACAGGCUGCAAAUUCAAAAGAAGAGGAGAGUAUUUCUUCGGGUCAAGAUAAAGGUUCCCCGUCCGGCAGCAGCCUGAAGAAACACCACCGCCGCAGCAUCUUCAGCCCCUUCUUUUGCUGCUUCCGUAACUAUGACUACCGCCUGGAGUCCCCGCCCCCGUCGCCGCCCAGCAACAAGCCCCUCCCACUGCCACCGCCCCCAGAGGAGAACGGCAGCCCCCCAAAGGCUCCAGAGCUCCUACUCGCAGAGGUCAGUGUCUCAGACUGUGGUCGGAGCUGUGUGGUGAUUGACCUUGAUGAAACCCUGGUGCACAGCUCCUUCAAGCCCAUCGGCAACGCAGACUUCAUCGUUCCUGUGGAGAUCGACGGCACCGUGCACCAGGUGUAUGUGCUGAAGCGCCCCCACGUUGACGAGUUUCUGCAGAGGCUGGGGGAGCUGUUUGAGUGUGUUCUAUUCACGGCUAGCUUAGCCAAGUACGCGGACCCGGUGGCCGAUCUGCUGGACCAGUGGGGGGUGUUCCGCGCCCGCCUCUUCAGGGAGUCCUGCGUGUUCCACCGGGGGAACUAUGUGAAGGACCUGAGCCGUCUUGGCCGCCAGCUGGCCCGUGUCAUCAUAGUGGACAACUCGCCCGCCUCCUACGUCUUCCACCCCGAGAAUGCGGUGCCGGUGCAGUCUUGGUUUGACGACAUGACAGACACAGAGCUCCAGGACCUGAUCCCACUCUUCGAGGGCCUCAGCAGAGAGGAGGAGGUGUACACCGUCCUGCAGAGCAUGCGGCCCACGUAGCAGACCGCCACCCGUCCCCCGUCCCCCAGGUGGUCCCUCAUGGUGUCUUCACAUUUUCACCGCCAAAAGUUGGCGGGGUCCAGACUUAGCCGUGAUUAGCCGUACUCGUCUCACACUGCUCCUUCGUUAGGGUACCAAGCGGUCUGAAAGGGUGACAACAAUUUCGGGCUACAAAAGCCAUCUGUUGAUUGGUCGACAGAAUCGUCACUUCCUUGCGACAGGCGGAUUAUAACAAAAAAAAACAAUUCCCGCAAGGUAUUUCUGGACAACAGUGAAAGUUUUGUUUAUUUAAGAAAAUGUUACAUGGAAGUUUGCCGUCCUUCUUGGAUGUCCUAUGUUGUUGCUCUUUGUUAAUUGUGUCGCGUUCUUCUUUUUCAUUGGAUUUAUUAGCAGGCUACACUGUGUCGGGCUGCUAUGAGGUCACGAUGCUUACAUAGCUGCCACGGUUAUUGCCAAACGGGUACCGUUGGCGGUGGAAACGCAAGCCGUAACUGAGCUGCGCCUUACCGCACCUACACUACCGCACCUAGACCUAAUGGGCCUAACCGCUAGCCUGGCUAUUGCCAGACCAAGCUCAAUCGUAGAUUGCACGCUGGUCUGGGGAGGCCGCUGUCAUUUUCGUCAGCACAAGAGAGUCGUCAUUGUGUUUAACCAGCCAAUAGCACGCCAGGGGGAAAAGCCAGCUUGCUGAUUGGCUCCCGCAAAAGCGUAAGCAGAAAGAAUUGUUUUCGCAGGGCGAAUUCAAGUUGCCGGCCGAAUGGGCUGCGGGUACCGAGUCUACCUAACCGCAACCGCCGUUGGAAACGUGCCAUAAGCGGCCCCCAGGUUGCCCUUCGCGGUGGUGCUCUUUGGCCCCCAGGUUGCCCCUCACGGUGGUGCUCUCUGGCCCCCAGACGGCCCCCAGGUGGCCCUCGAGGUGGUGCUCUCUGGCCCCCAGGUCCCCAGGUGGCCCCUCACAGUGGGGAUCUCUGGCCCCCAGGCCCCCAGGUGACCCCUCACGGUGGUGCUCUAUGUCCCCUCCAGACCCUUAUUUUCUUGACAGUUGAAGGCCUGGGGGGCCUGAACUGUUCAGGGGCCACUGCCCGUCCUCCAGUGACCCCCAGAUGCCCCCAGAUGCCCCCAAGAGGAAGGAGAGAGGGGUCCUUCAGUCGAAUGUAUCCCAUAUUGAGCCACUCUGCUAGGGGAAGCUCUCUACAGGCAUCAAUGCCCCCUACUGGCAAGACAUGAUAUUACCGUAUGUACAUAUUAGAUGUUUCUAAGAACAGGACAUACAUAAACUACUUUUGAUAUCAAAAAAGAGAGAGUUAGGAGAUUUUUUCCUAUACUAUCAAGGGAUAUUUUAUUUAUCGAAAAUUAACAAAUACAUAAAAAACUAAAAAAAAAAUUGCUGAGUUAUAGCUUUUUAUACAGAAUUCUUGAUUUUUGGCAAAACCGUUGAGUUGAACCAACUGUGAUUUACCUUCUCUUACAGGACGAAGUGCCUUCAUUGCUGUGUUCUGUUCAGUGCGUCAGGGCUUCAUGACACUUCUUAUCAAGCUCAUUCAUCCAAAAACUCCAAAAGCAUUGAUACAUUAACCCCAGAAACCUAUUCUUUCAGAUCCACCAACUGAUUCUCUCAUAUGUGUUCAACCUAGAAUCUGGUCACAAUCUGCGGCCACUUCCAUUUGCCGUCCAAGUUCACAAACAAAAGGCUAAAUUUGGUAAAGAUUUGAUUAUUGAUUUGCUAUAUUUGAUUGACAAUUGUUUAACACAUAAUUUAAAUCUUCUUGGCUGGACAGUUAAUCCUUUUGUAAUGUCAUCAGAAUCAUCCCCAAUGUUAAUGUUAGACUAUUGAAGACGUAUAAUAACUAGCAUAUAUCAUAUGGAAUUGUAUUUAUUGGGUACGAGGUACUUGGGGAAUUGUAAAGAAUGCUGUGGAAAUCGUACUGUAAGACAUUAUUAAAGUUGCAGUUUUGCACAAUCUGA